UUUUUCCAAAGCUCCAAACCGUGUGUUUCAAUGGAGAAUCCAUCAAAUUUGAACAUAUACAAAGCAUCAAGAAGCAUAAAACGAAGAGAAAAUACACUCUACAACGCCAUACGAUCAAUCUACGAAGAUUCAAUAUUCGUUGGGGAGAUUUCUCAGUUAUGGCCUGAACUUCCUUUACUAGCAAAUCUCCGUUGUGGCCUUUGGUACUCACAAAAAUUCAAGUCAACAUGUUAUUUCAAGUCAACUGAUGGACAUACUAAUAAUUGGUCUUUUAAUACUUCUCGACUUAAUCUCCACGUUGCCCUUCUUGCUGGACAGAAGGGAGGGUGUAUGAUUGUUGAUUCAACAAGGAAAGGGAAGAGGUUUCCAGAUAGUAUGUCAAAGACAAUACCUAUUUGGACCUGUGUACUGAAUCGUGCCAUUUGGAAUUACAGAUCGAGAUUUGGUUUGGCUGGCACUGCGGAAAAGAAUGAGUCAAAUGAUUCUGCUGAAUGUGGUAGCAGUAUUAAUGAGGGCUCAAGUAGCUGGGAUUGUUCCUUGCAUCUCCCUUUAUGGGUUUCAAAUACCGAAAGAGCACUUAUUGAGGAGCGUUUAGACGGAUGGACCAAGGAUCUGGAGGUCAGUGGAGCUGAUAUUGCCUCCAUUGCUUUGUCCCUUAAAAAACCGCUACGCCCACUAUGGAUUUCACAAAAGACUGUGAUCUGGUUAAAUGAAGUACCCGAUUGUGAUUCGUGGGACUUCACUCCAAUAAUGCUUGUUUCUACAUCCUCCCCAAGUAGCAAUUUUCAGCAAAGAACAACCUCUGAAUUUAGUUGGAGGUACAUAGCUGGAGCUGGAGAUGAUGAGGAAAGUUGGGCAAGGGGCUUGUCGCCAAAUCUUUUCUGGAAACAUGCUUAUGAUCUCAUAAGUUCUGGUCCUGAUAUGUGUAACAAGAAGGUAGCUGAUAUUGUUGAAAAGGAUAGGGUAUACCGUGCACAAAGGGGAGAAAAUGCUCCUCAAAUAUCUAUUAAGCCUUCAAAAUCUUCUGAGGGUAGUGGCCAUUUUCCUGCUCAAGAACAACUAGACCUGGAGCCUCUAUGCUUGAACGGAGAUGAGAAGUUUUAUGAUAAUAAUUCCAUAUCUUGGCUUGGGGAAACAAAUCUCGCGGUUGGCACAACUCAGCUUGCUAAGGAUGCAUCUGAUGUUGAUUGUGUAUUGAGUUGUGAUCUGGAGUCCAAUUCUCUUUGUUCCAAGGAGUCUGAAGCCCAUCUAAACCUGUCUAUUGUGAGUUCGAAGUUUGACCGGUCUUCGUUGUUGAGAAAUCUUCCUUCAGUGGUGAAUUUUGCAAAGACCAACUUGAGAAAAGGGAAGAGACUCCUAGUUUGCUGCAGUAGUGGGGAGGACAUUAGCAUUUGUGUUUGUUUAGCAAUCUUGAUGUCAUUAUUUGAUGACAAAGGGCACUUUGAUGAAGGGAAGUUUUUUAGUGAGACACAAAUCACUAAGUUGGAGUUGAGACGACGAUUGGUAUUUAUUUGCCAAUUUGCUGUGAAUGCUCGCCCGUCAAGAGGGAAUGUUAGGCAGGUCUUUAAUUAUCUCUCUGGAGGAAAUGCUGGGACAACUUCUUGAGGAAACUUACUUCAAUAUUGAUGCCUCGAAACAUGAUCAUGAAGCACAUACAGGGGAGCAGGAGUCGAUAUGCGUUGAAUGAGCCCCCAGAUGAAGAGUAUAAGGUUUUUUUUUUAAAAUUAAAUGAGCCCCAGAUGCUCAGGUGUAUCUUUUUCUAUAGUGAACUCCUAAGGUAUAUUGCAUUUUACAUUCUGAAUUAAAGUUCAUGUAAAACUAAAUUCCUUGAAGAAUAAUUAAUAUAGUCUUCUUGCGUUUUAUUAUAGUAU